CAGCAGAAGUGCGUGCCAUAAUUGUUCCGGACAAAUACCUGAAAUUUGAUUUAUUAAUCGGGAGAGAUUUUAUUAACCAAGAACACGUGGUUAUGACUAAACGUGAGAACCGAUUAAUUUUAUAUAGGUUGCCUCCCACCGAAAACCUUUUUGUGAACUUGAUAGAAGUUUUCGACAAUGGCUUGGAUCUCAAUAAUAUACAGAUAGGUGCUAUUUCGGAAGCCGAUAAGAAGGCCUGCAUUUCUUUGUUGCAUCAUUUUUCGGACUGCAUCUCAUCUUCUAUGAAACAUUUAGGAAACACGGAUACAGUAGAAAUGGAAAUAAAAUGUUUGGUCGACACGCCAGUUGCGCGUCAUCCCUAUCGAAUGCCCGACAUAGAAAAGCAAAUUCUUCGAAAUAUGAUUCAGGAACUAUUAGAUAACGGAAUAAUUCGUGAAUCUAGCUCCCCGUAUGCCAGCCCAAUUACACUAGUGAAGAAAAAGGAUGGGGACUAUAGAAUGUGCGUCGACUACAGGCAGCUCAACGCGGUCACCAUAAGAAAUCAUAGUGUAUUACCGCAUAUUGAGGAUGAUCAAAAAAAAACAAAAAGAACGUUACGAUAAAAGUCGACGCAAUGCCACCCAGUAUAACGAGGGUGACUUGGUCA